AUGGCUGCCGUUUCACAGUCCGUUCACGCCGCCGCGCAGGGCCUGAGUGGCCUCCGCGUCUCAGGGCCUGCUCAGAAGGCCACUGGCGUUCGCAACGCCAACUUCUUCUCGGGAUCUUCCUCGCUCAAGGCCGCCAUUGCCAAGAAGGCUGCCAGGUGCAAGGCUGCUGGUUCCAAGUCCGAUGGUCGCCUCUAUGUGGUUUGCGAGAAGGUGGUGGGAAUCGAUCUCGGGACCACCAACUCCGCCGUCGCAGCGAUGGAGGGAGGCAAGCCGACGAUCGUCACCAACGCCGAGGGCCAGCGCACGACGCCGUCCGUCGUCGCAUACACGAAGAACGGCGACAGGCUCGUCGGACAGAUCGCCAAGCGACAGGCCGUCGUGAAUCCCGAGAACACGUUCUUUUCGGUGAAGAGGUUCAUCGGGCGGAAGAUGGACGAGGUUAAAGACGAGUCGAAGCAGGUGUCUUACCACGUGAUUCGCGACGCGAACGGGAAUGUGAAGCUCGAGUGCCCGGCCAUCGGGAAGCAGUUCGCCGCGGAGGAAAUUUCCGCGCAGGUGCUGCGCAAGCUGGUCGACGACGCGGCGAAGUUCCUCAACGACAAGGUGACGAAGGCGGUGGUAACCGUUCCCGCGUACUUCAACGACAGCCAGAGGACGGCGACUAAGGACGCGGGUCGCAUCGCCGGCAUCGACGUGCUUCGUAUCAUCAACGAGCCUACCGCCGCGUCGCUCGCGUACGGGUUCGACAAGAAGAGCAACGAGACGAUUCUCGUUUUCGACCUCGGAGGCGGAACCUUCGACGUGUCUGUUCUGGAGGUGGGUGACGGCGUGUUCGAGGUGCUGUCAACCUCCGGCGACACGCACCUGGGAGGCGACGACUUCGACAAGCGCAUCGUGGACUGGCUGGCGGACGCGUUCAAGCGCGACGAGGGCGUGGACCUCACCAAGGACAAGCAGGCGCUGCAGCGACUCACCGAGGCUGCGGAGAAGGCCAAGAUGGAGCUUUCCACCCUCACGCAGACCUCCAUCAGCCUGCCGUUCAUCACGGCGACGGCGGACGGUCCCAAGCACAUUGACACGAACCUCACUCGCGCCAAGUUCGAGGAGCUCUGCUCCGACCUGCUCGACAGGUGCAAGACCCCGGUCGAGACUGCUCUCCGUGAUGCCAAGCUCAACUACUCGGAUCUCCAGGAGGUGAUUCUCGUCGGCGGCUCUACCCGUAUCCCUGCCGUGCAAGAGCUUGUGAAGAAGCUCACAGGCAAGGAACCCAACGUGUCCGUGAACCCCGACGAGGUUGUCGCUCUCGGCGCUGCUGUGCAAGCCGGAGUGCUGGCAGGUGAAGUCUCGGAUAUCGUUCUGCUGGACGUGACCCCACUGUCUCUCGGCCUGGAGACUCUCGGAGGGGUGAUGACCAAGAUUAUCCCAAGGAACACGACUCUCCCCACGUCGAAAUCCGAGGUGUUUUCGACCGCGGCUGACGGGCAGACCAGCGUGGAGAUUAAUGUUCUUCAGGGCGAGCGUGAGUUCGUUCGCGAUAACAAGUCCCUCGGAAGCUUCCGAUUGGACGGCAUUCCUCCUGCUCCCCGCGGCAUCCCGCAAAUCGAAGUCCGGUUUGACAUCGAUGCGAAUGGUAUCCUCUCAGUGCAAGCUUCGGAUAAGGGAACUGGCAAGAAGCAGGAUAUCACCAUCACGGGCGCCUCAACCCUUCCCAAGGACGAGGUUGCCAAGAUGGUGGAGGAAGCUGAGAAAUUCGCAGCGGAGGAUAAGGAGAAGAGAGAGGCGGUUGAUGUGAAGAACCAGGCUGAUUCCAUGAUCUACCAGACUGAGAAGCAGCUCAAGGAGCUUGCUGAGAAGGUUCCUGCGGACGUGAAGGCGGGGGUUGAGGCUAAGGUGGCUGAUCUGAAGGCUGUGGCUGGCGGGGAUAACAUCCAGGCGAUCAAGGACAAGAUGAACGAUCUGAACCAGGAGGUGAUGAAGCUUGGUCAGGCUGUGUACUCGCAAGGAGGGGCCCCUGGUGCUGAUGGUGCUGCUCCUGGCGCUGGUCCCUCACCUGGCGGUGCUGCUGGCGGCAACCCCAAUGACGUGAUUGAUGCCGACUUCACUGAUUCGAAAUGA